CCGGCGCGGAAUUAAUAUUUUGCCCAUACUAAUCGCUGAAAAACGUUUAUAACUGUUUAAUUUCAAUCGAAAUCAUAUCAACACCGGUUCUUGAAUGUUACUGAUGAUUUAUACUGUAUUGCGAGUACCAAGGUCUACUAUUUAUAUGCAAAAAGUAACAUACACAAGUGUUAAAGAAGGUAGCUACUAAUAUUUCGCCCUUGCCAUCUUGAACUCAAAUAACAGGUCGGCGUAUAUCGGUCUAUUUAAAUUUCCGCAAAAUGUCUGCAGAAAAUUUGGAAAUGUUUCACAAAAGAGCAGCUGCAGCGGAAGAAGAGAUAGCUUUUUUAAAGCAAGAAAUCGAAUUUCUACGAGAAAAUAUUAUAUCUAAUAAUUCCAAAUUGAACUCUGCAGCUAAAGAUGAAUACACGAAAUUAGAGCAGGAAAAUAUCAAAUUAAAGCAUAGAGUAGCUAUACUCAAAAGGACUAUUGAGACUGAUAGAGCAAAAAUGCAAAGUGGAACAAAAGCUGCACCAACAUGUGCAAAGAGUAUAUAUGCUGCUUUAUCUGAAUUAUUUGCAGAUGCUAUUUCUACUGCUUAUCCAGAUGUUCCUAAUCCUCCAGUAAUUUUAGCAUACAGCAAUAAUGAAAAAUUUGGGGAUUAUCAAUGUAACAGUGCUAUGCCACUUACUAAAUUACUUGGUAACAGUGGUAUUAAAACAUCUCCACGCGAUGUUGCACUUAACAUAAUGUCAAAAGUAAAAGAUUGCAAUUUAAUCUCUCAAAUGAAUGUUGCUGGUGCCGGUUAUAUAAAUAUAUUUAUAAAACGAGAAUUUGUACAAACAAUGUUAGGUAAUUUAGUAAAAGCAGGAAAAGCGUUUCCACCAUACGUAAAAAAACAAAAAGUUGUUGUAGAUUUUUCUAGUCCUAACAUUGCUAAAGAAAUGCAUGUUGGACAUCUAAGAUCCACUAUAAUUGGUGAAAGUAUUUCAAGACUCUUAGAAUUCUUAGGACACGAUGUGCUUAGAAUAAAUCAUGUUGGUGAUUGGGGCACCCAAUUUGGAAUGUUAAUAGCUCACCUUCAGGAUAGAUUCCCAGACUAUUUGACUGUGUGUCCACCUAUUACAGACCUUCAGAGUUUUUAUAAAGAAUCAAAGGAAAGAUUUGAUAAAGAUGAAGAAUUUAAGAAACGUGCAUAUAACUGUGUUGUCAAGUUACAAGCAUUUGACCCUGACAUGACAAAAGCAUGGCAACUGAUUUGUGAUGUUUCUAGAAAAGAGUUCCAAAAGUUGUACGAUCGAUUGGACAUUAAAUUAAUAGAAAGAGGUGAAUCUUUUUACCAGAAACGUAUGGAAGCAAUAGUUAAAGAAUUAGACGAAAAGGGAUUAUUAGAGGAAGACGAAGGACGAAAAGUAAUGUGGGGCAAACGUGACAACGAAAUACCUUUAACUAUCGUAAAAUCUGACGGUGGUUUUACAUACGAUACUUCAGACAUGGCAGCCAUUAAACAACGAAUAGAAGAAGAGAAAGCUGAUCGAGUAAUAUAUGUAACAGAUGCUGGCCAAGCUAUGCACUUUCAAGUAUUAAAAAACUGUGCAGAACGAGCGGGAAUUGUAAAAAGUCAUCAUCGAAUAGACCACGUCGGAUUUGGUGUAGUUCUUGGUCAAGAUAAAAAGAAAUUUAAGACCCGAUCCGGUGAUACAGUAAAAUUAAGUGAUUUAUUAGAUGAAGGUUUGAAAAGGACACUUCAAAAAUUGAAAGAAAAGGAACGUGACAAAGUUCUCACGGCAGAGGAAUUAAAAAUAGCUCAAGAAUCUAUUGCUUAUGGAUGUAUAAAGUACGCGGAUUUAUCGCAUAACAGAAAUCACGAAUAUGUAUUUUCUUUCGAUAAAAUGCUCGAGGAUAAAGGGAAUACAGCAGUAUAUUUGCUGUAUGCUCUAACCAGAAUAUGUUCUAUCGCGAGAUUAGCUAACCUUUCGCGCGAGAAAUUACAAGAACAUGCACAAACUACUCCCAUUUCAUUGAAGCAUGAGAAGGAGUGGAAAUUAGCUAAAGUAUUAAUCAAAUUCCAUGAUAUAUUAAUUAAAAUUACGGAAGAUUUGUACUUACAUACAUUAUGCGAGUAUUGUUACGAAAUCUCAUGCGCGUUCGCAGAGUUCUACGAUAAUUGUUAUUGUAUUGAAAAAGACAAAGAGGGAAAAUUAAUAAAUGUACAUAUGGGGCGUAUGUUAUUAAUAGAAGCUACUGCAAUUAUCAUGGAAACAUGUUUUUCAAUAUUAGGUCUAAAACCAGUUACACGUAUGUGAAUAUAUUCAUACAAACAUAUAAUGUAAAAUUAUAAGAAAAAAACAUUCUUCAAGAAUUGCAAAAUAAAAAUAUACUGCUUUCAUUUCACUGUAAAAUGUUUAUUAAAAAAUAUU